AAGCCUGAUACUGAUAGAUAGAUACAAGUUAGAAUAAUUUUGGGAACUCAGUGCCAGUGGAGCCUUUGCCUUUCUGCUCGAGACGGAGACGAGCGAGAUUCAUAACUGUCAUCGUAUAGCUAAACCGUGUCAAAGAAACUGGGUUUGGCUUAACGAAUAGGCGUAAAAAUUGUAAACUGAAAAGCAGAACUGUGUUCUGCGUUGGCUUUUGAUAAUGGAUUUCAAAAUGCACGAAUAUACUCACGCUUUGGUAGGCAAGGCGUCGCCAGGAUCUGUUCUCGGGGACGGUGUUAUGUUUGAUGAAAUUCGGCGUCAGCAUGAAUGUUACACAAGACUCCUUAGGGAAUUGAAUGUUGAAGUAAUUGAAGUAACUUUGCAAGGUUCUCUACCCGAAAAACUAUUGCUGGAAAAAAUGGCAAUUAUAUGCCAUGGUAUUGCAUUACUACCUCGAAGCAACUCUACUGAUGAAAUUAACAACGCUAAAAUUUUGAAAGAGAUAUUGCAAAAUGAUCUUUGCCAAACAGUUAUCGAUCAGAUUGAUCCAGAAGCAAAUAUUUCCUGUUCAGAUGUAUUAUUUACAGGUAGGGAGUUUUUUGUUGGGAUCUCUGAGAGGACUAAUGAGGCGGGAGCUAGUGCAGUUGCUGAAGCAUUUCCUGAAUUCCCGUGCACCCCGAUAAAGAUUUCUAAAGGCACUCAAGAGUUAAAGAAAUAUAUCACUGUAGCCGGAUCCGACAUUUUAUGUGUGAGUGCCAGUAAAGAGGCAAAGGAAUUGCUUAAGAGGAUUGAACGUGAAGCCACUUUUACUUAUCAGACUUUGACGGUUCCCGAAGAUGAAGCAGCUAAUUGUCUUUAUGUUAAUGGCACCCUCAUACACAGGGCUAUUGAGGAAAUACCCCAAGCAUUCAAGGUAUUUUGUGAAAAAAUAGAUUUUGCUAGAAGAUCAAUUUGCCUCUCCGAACUUGCUAAGAUGCCGGCUGGUUUGAGUUCAUGUUGUUUGUUAGUAAGAAAACCCUAAAUUUUUGUUGGUUUGUUUAUCUAUCUUUUGGUCUUCAAAAAUACAAUAUUGCUAACAUUCACAAAUGGAGACCAAAAGCAUUACAAUGAUGUUAUUAAUUAUAUCAAUGGUUUUACCUUACCAUACUUAAAAAUUAUUUAAAUUUAUUUUGAAUGGUUCAUUUGUUUGCAUCCAACCCAUGAGUAUCGGUAGACCAUCAGUAGUUAUGACUUCUUUUAUUGGACCAGCAAGAUCUUGCGCAUAUUUACAACAGUCAAUAUUUGUUCAAGAUUUUUUUCUAUACACAAUUAGUGUGACAAUAUCAAUUCGCCAGUGUGUUAAAGAAAAUUACAAUAAGUACGCGGAAUUACUGUAAGGGUGGGUUGCUCCAUUUACUAUAACAAUAAGAAAACAAAACCACUGUUGGUAAUGGUUUGAUUCGUGAUCGAUACACCCGUCAUAGGUUGGGUUCGUUUGGUUGCGUUUUGGGUAUCGAUUACUUUUGGUCACAUUUGAACUUUGAGAUAAGAUCAUUGUAAAAAACGACUAUGCAUUUACAAACAUUGCGUAAUCACACAGAUCGAACACGGGACGCGGGACCUGUCGGUAUAUUUGCUUUUUUCGCUAUUUCGGUGCACUUAUCAUACACAUUUGAAGUAUCUAUAAAAAUGUAACUAGCACAAUGCAAGUAUGCAUAACUGUUACUAAAUUAAAUAGAAAUACAUAUGUACGAAUUAAAGAAAUAAUACGAAAUGGUACUAAUCCCAGGUCAGACAAAUUAUUGUCAGAAGUUUCAUUCCCUUAAAAAUGCGUUUUAAUAUUUUAAUAAUACAAAAUACUCUACUUGGGAACUUACGAAGAUAAAAUAUUUUUUUACGUUUGUAUUAAUACUAGUUAGUUUACAUGGCGCGUAGAAAUGAGAACUAUGAAGGAUAUUAACAUGUAGUAUUUCGAAAGAAGUAUUUAAAUACGUGCAUAUACUGUUAAAAAUUAUUCAAAUAUUAAAAAUAAGUUAGGUUCCAAUAAUAUAAUGUAUACAAGUGUUUUUAUCUUUAUCGACUGUUGUAAAUAUGCUAGUGAUUAUUUAUUUAUUAAGAUUCAAAAUCAACUUGGCGAACUAUGAUCCAUUUUGCCUAUAUUUUCCAGACGUCAAACCCCAAAACGAUCUUAAACGCCUGGUUAACUUUUUUGUACUCGUGGUAAAAGAUAUCUCCUUUACAAUACUUGUUGCAUUUCAGAUAUUUUUAGUAUUAACAAAACUACGUGUUGGGUCGUGGAUAUGCAAUUUUAAACUUUUACCUUGUGGUGGGUCUUCCGUCAAAUUAGUGUUUUGUAUGCCUUCUUAAAUAAGUUCUUCUUGAGGCAAUCAAAAACAAUAAGAUAAUUCGGCAUGCACCGCAAGAGAUGGUCUUUGUUGUUUGUUUGCAAACGAUUUUUAGACAAAAUGGGUCAUAUAAAGUGAUUGGUUGAUAGUACAUUAAUAGGUAAUGUGAGUUCAACAGCAAAAUCAAUGACAAUUUUUUAUGCCUUUUUAUUUCUCUUAAUAUUUAUUCGCUUUUGCAUUUAAAAGUAUUGUAAUAUUGUUAUCUAUUGUAAAUUAUAUAGUGUGAAUCCGAAAGAUGUAAAACUCGAGUGUCGGGGCCCUUUUUAGGGUUAAUUUAAUGGGAUGGUACAAGUAAACGUGUAUUUUGUACCGGACUUAUUUAAGUGUACGUCUAUUUAAGACGAGAUUAUUGAGAUGCAACUUAAUAAAGAUAAUUCAUGAUGACAAACGUAGGGUGGAAAAUGACGAGUCUUGGAUCGCAGUGCAUUUUAUAUAUGUCCACAGCAGUUCUGAUAUAAGAUAUUGACUGUCCUGUUAUACUUUUACUUAUUAGUCAAGAUUUACAUAGUUAAGUUAGCUAUUAAUCCAAGGUCUGCUAAACUUACCUGAUACGCUUUAGACCAUUUUGUUGUAUAUCUAGCAUUGUGUUAACUGGCUGAUCUCCUUAUAGGAACAGUGCCAAUAAACGCUAUUAUUAACUAUUAUAACAUUUUCCUUGUUCCAACAUCGCAUUCCUAUAAGUCUCAAGACUGAAAUCGCUUUAUUAUGCAAUUAGGUCUUCAUAGAUGAAGUUUAAAGUAUUUGACACCUCAUUCCUUAAAAGAUCUGAGUAUAGACCUUCAAUGGGUUCUAUUAAUGAAUCCACUUCCAAUAUUUUAAGAUACCUAGUAUUUAACACAUUCCCAUUUAUUCUUAUGUUUUCUUUGUUUUUAAUGUUAUAUUAGUUACAAUGUUUUAGAAAAUUUGUGCAUAAUUGUUUGUAUUUUAUUAUGUCUUGCGGUGGAUUUCUUUAAUCUAUUUAUCCGUUGAUUUGCGAUUAGAGAUUUAAUGUUGACAUUGUCUCCCUACAUACAAAUUGUAUCGAAUUUCAAUCUCUUAUCAAACUGCAGAAGUAUUUCUCAUACCAAGCUGCUUCGUCAUCCGAUAAAAUCAAGUAGUCACAAAUUUGGGUGUAAAUUAAUGACGCAAAAUUGAUUCGAUUAAAGUUAAGCGUCCACUUGUCGGUAUCGUACGCAACGGACGUAUUGCACGCAACAGAUUGUAGUAUUAUUUAUAUAGAAACUCAUAUAAGUGCGUCCACCUGUCCGCAUCGUACGCAUCGCAAAUCGACAAUGCCGACACCUAUGCUCCGAGGGGCAACUUUUGCGAUGCCUGCCGAUGACGUCAUAGGUAAUGCCCAUUAGUGGACGCAGUCCGCGCACUUGCUCUGCGCUCUCGGCCAAAAUAUUGGAAGAAGAAGAAGAAGCUUUUUUUCCAAAUCUUCCUCUUCUGCUAACAAACAAGCUACAACGACAAAUUGUUCUUCAUCGCUUUCCUCCAUUCUCACAGAGUCCACACGUGCGUUUACUAUGAAAAUCCGAAUGAACUGGCAUCGUCAAUCCGUAUGCUGGUACUCACCGUCGAUAAUCCGUACGCUGCUGGUACAGUGGACGCACUGUGAAAUAUUUAUCCGUUUUGUACGAUGCGUCCGUUGCGUACGAUACCGACAAGUGGACUGUUAGCUUAAGUAUUUGCACCAGUACGUAUCGUGUCACAUGUAUGAUUACCUCUAUCUCUGCCCAGUGUGUUUCUUUAUUACAAUUUAGUCAGUUUAUGUCAGUUACCAUGACUCAUGUCAAAAACGUCAUGUGUGAAAAUACCUAGACGGACUAAAAGUGUACUCUAUGGAAAUGUAGGUAAUUCCUCAUUAUAUGUGUUCUGUGUACCUUAGCUGAAUCUCAUAACACUUCUUAUUAAAUAUGUGUAAUGUGUAAUUGAUAUAUAGCUCGUAUAAAGCGUCCCUAUUAAAUUAGAUAAAUGUUAAGAUAUGAUUAUGCCGAAUGAGUUUUACCCGUAAAUUGUGUUUAUAACUUCCCUUCCAUGCCACUUUUAUUUAAUGACGCAAUACAAUAAGUCAUACGAAAAAGUACAUUCCCGUACUUUCUCCUAUUUCGCCAAAUAACGUUUAAUCUAUUUGAAAAUGCAAUUUAAAAAAAUCAUGUGAUAAUUUCAUAUAUCUACUUUCUAGUUUAUAGCGUUUUUGUGUGAAUGUAUGUAUCUAUGCAUAUUAAACUUAUUAUACGCAUAAUAUUAUACCUCUAAUAUGUAAUAUUAUACGAGUUGUACCACUUAACUAUGACGGUAACCGAACGAUUUUCAGUUGUCAUAUCGCUGAUUUGACCAAUAGACCGCAAUUUCACGGCUGGUUAUAGUUUGGUUAUCGGUAUAAUUGAAUGGUGCAAGUGCAACCUAUCCUUGUUGUUGGAAAUGAACCUAUUGUUAUCUGAGGUCCGAUUUCACCAAUGGCUUUAUUAUCAGAGUAAAAAUGGUACUAGCCAUUAUAGUAACCAUUCCAUAUUUUUAACUUUCAUUGUCAUAUGCGAUUCGUUGUAUGUUCGAUGUAAUUUUGAAUCCCGAAAUAAGUCUUUAUAUAACCAAAAUCGGGUUUAAAUCUUAUCUUUUGUUCAUCUUUUUAUUCUUAGAAUAAUUAGUUGGUGAAAUCUAACACUUACUAUUCCAGAGUAAGUGACAUCAUUUUUCUUGGAAUAAAACUUAUUUUAGUGAAAUCGGUCCUUUUAAAGGUAGCAAAAUUAAUGUUAAUUGUACGUACUUCAGAAGCAGUAGGUAGGUAAUGUAAGCUGGUAAAGUAGUAUGGGCUUUCAUUGGCGGUCAGCGGUAAUCAGUCUUGAAAGCUAUGAAGAGCAAAGCCUGAUUAUUUAUUCAUUUAACAACAAAAACUGCCAACCGGAUACACCUCUUGUUUUAAAAAGCAUACACUCACUCAUCUCACAUUACUCCAGACAGUUCAUUUAUCUUUCUUAUUUUCAGUUAAUCCUGAAGUUUUCCCAGCCUCAGGUUGUUUCAGUAGUGUUGUCAGUUUGACCUCUGAUCAGACAGCAGUCCAGCUGUUGUAUCCAUAACCUUUACUCGCUAGACAUAAUUUGCAAAACGUAUUUCAUUGGACAUUAUGUCAUGCAAGUUCAAAAACAGAAAAAAAUAUAUAGGUAGUACAUAUGUAUUUUAAACAUAUUUGUAUUUUUAUUAUUCGGCUAUGAUGUACUUACUACAUUCGUGAAUAUGUAUCUAAAUAAUUCUAGGCCGCGGACCGCCCAGGGUUCAUACAAAAUUUGACUAAUGUCUAUCGUUUACUAUUUUAUUAUUGAUGUUGUGUAAUAUUUGCAUUUAUGGUAAAAUGUUCUUCAUAAAUUACAUUGAUCGAACACCGUUUAAAUAUUUUUACCUGUAAAUGUAUCUAAUGUUAAUGUAUACUAUGUUAUUUAAUCAAAUUAUUAAACUAUUAUUAAAUGCAUUUUUUUU